CUUUACGCCUGUGAGUAGUUCUCGCGAGAUUACGAAACAACAAGGCAAAGAAAAUGGAAGGCUGUGCUAGCUAGCUGUAAAGCUGAGCGAAUCCAAUAAUAACUGGAAACAAAACGUUCAUAUGCAAGCUACCAACACAUGUCAAUAUGGAUCCAAUGGAAGAUAACGACAUCAUCAAUGAUUAUCAUUAUGAAGAACAGCCAGAAGAGGCUGGUUCGAGUGUUAGGCCGACCAUGUCUCAGGUUAAAAAGUCCUGGGGCUUCAGACGGACAACAAUCGCCAAAAGGGAGUUCUUGGAUGAAGUUGGAGACCUAACAACCAGUCCUCAAUCCGUACGCAGAGUCAGAGGUCGUAGAUCCAACCCAACACCCCAGCCCUCUCCAGAAACCCAGAGAGUUUCCCGUGGAACCAGGAGUGUAAUAGAUGAUCUCGAGUGGUCUGCCCCAUCGUCACCGGUAUCAGAGGAGAGCAAGCCCGUCUCCGAAGCCUCAGCAGGAGGGAGCCUUGACCCCAGCUCAUGGCAAGAUUGCGGGUCUGCCUUCCACACUGCUUUCUCACUGCUUGGUGGAGGUGAGGGUUUGUCACUGGACAUGUCAGACACACUGGCAAUCCCUGACAUUUUGGAAGUCACUGACUCCCUUGAAGCCUCGCCACCCCAACUCAUAGAAGAAACGGAGGUGCCUGAUGAUAAUGAAUCUACUGAUGAGAUGGAAAUCUCGCAGCCUGUUGCACCUGACAAUGUGGCAGGAGGAGAAAAUGAUGACGUUGUUCUGAUAUCUAGUCAGGAAGAGGACAGUGAUUAUAUGUCUCUGAUGCAGAUGAAGGAGCAGAUAGCUUCAAAAGGCAGACAGGGAGACACAAGAGGUAGAGGGGGGAGAGGUGGAAGAGGAAAGGCCAGAGGAAGGGGGAGAGGCAGAGGAAGAGGUAAGGGAAGAGGUAGAGGACGGGGCAGAGGGAGAAGCAAGGCAGUUCAAUCAAGGAUUAUUGAUGAAGAGGACAACGACAAUGAGCUGGUGGUAGUUAACCCCGCUGAUCAGAUGCUGCAGCAAUUUCAAGACGAAGACAAAGAAAAUGAUCCACAAGACCCUGCUGAAAUAGUGAUAUCCUCUGCUAACUCUGACAUCACUCUGAGUCCCACUCAGCAAUCUAGCUCAGACUGCAUAAUCAUAGACACUGAUUUAGACCACAUUACUGAUAUGACUUCUGGCCAGUACGCUGAUGCACCAGAAGAGGAGGAGAUGGAGGAGAAGAAAGAAUAUACUGACGUAGAAGAGUUUUCACGAAUAUUAGAUGCAGACGGCUCAGAUUCCAAUGCUCUGUACUGCAUCUGUCGGCAGAAGCAAGAUAAAAGGUUCAUGAUCUGCUGUGACAUUUGCCAGGAUUGGUUUCAUGGCGACUGUGUUGGUAUCAGUGCAACACAGGGUCGUAAGAUGGAGAAGGAAGGGCAAGAGUACGUGUGCCCCCCUUGUACUACAAGGAAGCAGAUCCAACUCCAACCAGAGCCUGAGCUUAGCUUUCCUGAAUGCUUGAUGCUAAGUCCACCCAGUGAAGAACAGGAGGAGCAGAAAGAACUCAAGGAGACUUUGUCUGCGGUUGAGGAGCAGCAGCAGCAGGAGAAGGAAAAGGAAAAGGAGGACGCGGCUCCUGUGAUGAUGGCAAAGCUUGAGCCCGAUGCUGAGAUGGAGACAGGCAGCUCUCUUCCUCUGUGCAUGGGACCCAAAUGCUCCAAACAAGCCCUACAAGACUCUGUUUACUGUGGCAAUGACUGCAUCCUGCAGCACGCCGCCUUAACUAUGAAGACUCUUUGUGUUCCUAAAGUGCCCCAGCUCAGAGGACGGCCUCAGAGAAAAGCUGCCACUGCCAAACCCAACCCAACGGGUCAGAGGUCGGGUCGGAUGUCAAAGAGAUUAGCAGUAAAUGCUGAGGAACCUGAAGAGGAGGAUGUGAAGGAAGAUGAUGGAGGGCAAGAGGAGGCUGUGUCUCACUUAGCCUGCGACCCCAGUCUCACAGAAGUUCAGGCCACUUCCAUACCAUCGUCUAAGUUUUACACAGCGUCUAUAAAGGACAAUGAACAGGUAGAGGCAGACAGUGAGGUUGCAACUUCUAUCAAACCACCUGCAGAUGAGACCUCGACUGAUGUUGCCCCCUCUUCCCAGCCUGCCGCUGAGACACCAUCGACACAGAGCCACUCUGAAGAACAGGCAAAGCAGCCAAUCACCAGUGCAGUGCCUCAGCAGCAAUCUGCAUAUUCAGAUCCCUCUAUACUACCAAACCCAACAAAAACGAGUGUACCUCCUGCCCCACAAUCCCCCUCCACCUCAGCUCCCAGACAUCAUGAAACAGGGGCUCUUAUGGUCACUAAGACCGCGUACGUCAUACCAAAGAAGCACCCUGCCCCCCAGGCUCCAUCCAGCCACCUGUCAGCCUCAACGUCGGGCCAAAAGCCUUCUUCUGCCCCAACGCUGAUGAACGAAACCAGAAAUCUGCUGGUGCCCCCUGCACCCAGUGCUCCUCCCUCCUCCAGACCCUCCCAGCCCAAUACCCAGGUCAGACAGAGCAUCCAGCGCUCCCUCAUCAGCAUCCUGUUAAAAAGGGUGUGUGAUUGUGAGGACUUGGAGAUGUCAGAGAGUGACAUAGCAAAGCUUGUCUCAAGCAUUGAGAUGGAGAUGUUCGACAUAUUUCGCAACACAGACAGCAAAUACAUGAACAAGUACAGAACUAUUAUGUUCAACCUGAAAGACCCGAAAAACAAGGGCUUGUUGUAUCGUGUCGUACGUGGAGAGAUCAGUCCCUUCAGACUGGCCAGAAUGAGCCAGAAGGAUAUGCAGGCUACCAAAGCAUCAGAGCCAAGUGCAAAAGAAACUACAGAGGUUAAGAAUGCAGCUGCUAAAGCGACAAGUUUGCCGCAAAAGCCUGAGGCAGUGAAGGUGGAUUUGCCCAGUUUGAAUCCCACUAGACCUGCUAGAAGCACGUUUGCGUUCCAGGAACAAAAGAAACACCUUCCUGCUCUUGCUCCCAAGACCAGAACAAGCCAGCCGAACCAGGGCAGUGCUGUACCAGAUAUUCUCUCCUGCAUGCUGAAGGACACAACAUCAGAGCACAAAGCUCAUCUCUUUGACCUGAAAUGCAAAAUAUGCACAGGUCAAAUGCUCGCUGGGGAAGACGAGGAACCGGCAAAGAAAAAACCCAAGAUUUCUGAGACAAGAGAUAAAUAUGAACGCUCUUGGAGAAAAUGUGCCGGAGAUGACUCUCCUCUGAGGGCCCCGCCUGACUCACCUGACAUGGAUUCUCCAACAUCCCUAAUGGAUUAUUCACCCCGUCUUAUCAUUGACGCUCCAGCGCUGACUAUCGUUGAAUCCCCAGCGUCCCCUAUAAUGGACUCUCCAGCCUCCCCUGUCAUGGAAUCCCCUGCUUCCCCAACUCCAGACACUCCUAAAACUACUACACAAAAGAGAUCCUACACACCAGUUGUGAUCCCAGCAGUCUCCACAGUUACUAUCACAAGGCGUGACCCCCGCACUGCCGCAAACAGGUCUUCUUCGUCUAGAGGCACAUCCAGUCCAAGUAACACAACCAAUAACCAAUCAGUAUCUUAUUCUAUUCGUCAAGAGACUACCUCUGCUUCGCCCUCAGCACCAACGUACUUGGGACCACCAACAAAACCAUUACCCAAGUCGAUCUUAAUGAAGCCAUCAUCCUCUGCUGAUCCCAGACUCUAUGGGACAUCCUCAAGGACUGUGAUCUCUGAAUCCCCAGCUGAUGGUGAAACUUCCCAGUUCUUGGCUAAGCAUGAGAUAGUGUGGAAAGGCUUCCUAAACAUGCUCUCUGUGGCCAAGUUUGUCACCAAAGGAUAUAUGGUUUCAGGAACGGCUGAAAAUCUCAAAGCGGAUCUACCUGAUACCAUACAAAUAGCAGGACGAAUCCUGCCUCAAACAGUGUGGGACUAUGUUGCAAAACUAAAGACCUCUGUUACAAAGGAGUUAUGUGUGAUCCGGUUUCACCCUGCAACAGAGGAGGAAGAGGUGGCCUAUGUCUCCCUAUUUUCCUACUUCAACAGCAGAGGUCGUUAUGGUGUGGUCGCCAAUGGCAGCCGUUCCAUCAAAGAUGUAUACCUUGUCCCACUAAGUGCAAAGGAAUCAAUCCCAACCAUACUCCAACCUCUUGACGGACCAGGUUUUGAAAAAAACCGGCCAAAUCUUCUUCUGGGUCUGGCUGUCAUCCAAAAGACAAAACGUCCAGGAAGCUUGCCUCAGGAAAUUGAAGAGAAGAGACCCAAAGUUAAUAUGUCCAAAGACCCUAUGUGGAUCCCAAAACCCCCAGUCCUUUAUGGUUCUGACAAAUUGGAAAUAUUUCAACCCUACGAUCCUGAGACUCCUGCUAACACCUCCCCUCCUGGCUCACCACUUUGCCCUGGGUCACCAUCAGGCUUGUCCUCUUCUGGAUCAGUUGCCCUACCAUCUUGUUAUAAUUCUUUUAGAACAAACCCUCCUUUCUCUACCUCAGCUGCAGUUGCUGCCACCCAGUCCACCUCUGAGAGUGACAAAAAUGCCACAGCAGCAUCCAGUAAUAAAUCACCACUGCAGACCAUCUUGAAAAGUUUGUUUGGCAAUAAGCAAACUGACUCCGUUGUCUCUUCUGACGUACAAUCUUCAACAGCAACAGUUCAUGUUAAGAAGGUCCCAGUGUUUUCUAAGGUGUCUCGAUCAAUGGUGGAUCCAAUUGUCCAACAAUAUGGACAGAAAUCAAAAGUUAAAAAAAUAGAAGAAGAAAAUGACUUUGACCGACCAUAUGACCCAGAAGAGGAGUAUGAUUCAGCAAUGGGAUAUGGAAUGGUUGCUCCUCAGAACAUUGAGAAAAUGAAGACAGAGGGUCCUGCAGUAUCAGGCUGUGUAGACGAUGAUGUGGCCUAUGAUCCAGAAGACGACACUAUCUUUGCAGAUAUGCAAAGGGAAAUUGCUGUGACAAAGCCCCCUGCUCAAACUCAAACGUCAGGUACUCCAUCAUGCCAAACCCCAAUAUCCACCCAGAUUAAAACACCAACUCCCAACUCCACUGCUGUGCAAUCCUCUACCCAAGCUGUAAUAAUGCAGAACAUUCCUACAGGCACUGUGGUUGUCUCAGCUGCAACACUAACUGAACAACAACGAAUGCUUGAGGAUCUCAAUAGGCAGAUUGAAGAGCAAAAGCAGCAAUUGAAGGAGCAGGAAGAGGCCCUACGUCAACAGAGAGAGGCUGUUGGUAUCUUUAUGGCUCGUUUUUCUGUUUCUGAUUCCCUGAUGUCUCCCCCACAAAAAGCUUUGCCUCUCAGUCAACUGUCAGAAUCAACAGACAAGACCAGCAACCUUACAGAGACUGAGGACAGUUCAAAUGUAGAUUCACAAACUGUUAAACAAGACACAACUGCCACACCUAAUGUAGAAAUUGAUGCAGAAACAGUUACAGAGCAAGAUAAAACACAGGCUGAUGUUAAAGAAAGUGACAAAUAUUCCUCUGCGGGUGAGAUUGAAGACUCUGAUGUAGCUUAUGAUCCUGAAGACGAAUCACUUUUUGAUGUUUUUCAAGAUGAUGUUUUUCAAGGAGGCAGUAUAAAGACCCGUGAUUUAUCUUUGUCGAGAAUAGGGCAUAGUGCCUCUCACAAGGGCAGUCCUCUGAGUUCACACCACAGCAGAAAGAGAAGGUUAUCACCAAAGAGGCGGAGUCAUCAUGAAAGGAGCCGCCAUGGAAGUCCUUCUAAAAGAUCACAGCGACGUUCUCCUUCACAUUCCCGGAGACAUAGAGAAAAGGAUAGACACAGAAAAAGUGAAAGGGACAGGUCAAGGCAUAGAGCCAGAGACCAGUCUGACCGCCAAGGUCGCCAAUGUAAAGAGCAUACCCCACGGCAGCAUUCUCAUGGGCGUAGAAGAUCCCCAUGUUCUCCUAGAAAAACAGAUUCUGGGUCCAUAUCGCCAAAAUGGAACAGAGAUCCUUCACCUCAAGUCCUUGAGAUAUCAAAGCCUUUAACUGUUCUGUGUAAUGCUCCAGACUCUUUAGACUCUAUUGAUGGAACAUUUUUAGAGAGUAACCAAUCAUCAUCCAGUUCAGUUACUAUUAAAAGUUACCCUCCUGUUGGACAUCAGCUAAAAAGUCAUCUUGUUAAGAGUGUUGAUGAAGGCUUUUCUCCCUCUUCACAUGAACUUCUUCACAAUUUCAAGCUCAAUACUUUAAAAGAUCCAAAGUCCCAAGAGCCUCAAAACACGUCUGUCAGUGGCGACACAGAUAGUGGUUCCUCUAACCAGGUGAAUAUACCCUCUCAACUUGAAACUCUGUUUAGCAAAUUUGAAAUUCCAGUCCCUCUACGUGAAACUGAUCCGCCCAUUCGAGAUUCUCCUCAGAGCCCUGAUCCAGAGCCACAGUUUGUAAAACCUAUUCGCACAGAAAAGAGGGGGCCUAAAAUUGAGGAAAUCAGAGAUCCUCAGACCCUUACCAGUGUCUCAAUGCCACAUGAUAAAGUUGAAAGUAUUUGUUUGCCUAUUGGUGGUCAAGCUACAAUGUCCAAAAUACUGUGGCCAACCGGUCGAGGUGCCUUAGUUCUAGAGGGGCAAGGGGUCAAAGAUGAGGUUAUAAAAGAGGCAGACAAACAGAUAGAAAUGGGACAUCCAGGCUUAAAACAUCCUAAAAUAUUGGGUCAAGGGGAGGGGGAUUCAAUUCGAGCUAUAGGCUCAGAUAUUCAGGCCUCAGGAACUGAAAAAGAUCCUGUGACAAAACAGCCAGGACCUGGACAUAUUGAACCACAGAUAGAUCUUAGAGUAACAGAAACUGGAUUCCCAGGCCCCAAUAGGAGAGGUCCAGACAUGCAAGGAAAAGGUACCACCAUUUGGGGUCCUGGAUCACAUACACAACACGUAUCUAGUAUGCAAGGCUUGAACCUAGAACUCACAGCUCCAGCUCCUGAUAUGAUGCACAGUGAGACAGAAGUGAGUGGACAAAUGCUUGUACCAGCUGUUAUAAAUUCAUGUGGGGAAGGAUCAGAUCUACAGAACAAGAGUAGAGAUCUAUUCAUAAAGGGCCCUUCGUCACAUAUAACUGAAGCUGAUAUAAGGGGCACAAGAGAGCCUUUAUUUGCUCAUGAGAGGUGGGGUCCACAAAAAGGGCGAAAUGUACCCAUGAGAGGACCAGGGCCAAACAUUAAUUAUGAAAGUGGUGGUUCUAACAUACCCUUCUUUGGAGAAGACAGUGGGCCUAGAGAACCUUUUAAGAAGACAAAUCUCGGUAUGACAGCUGGAAAGAGUGUGCAUGGCACUGACAUGAAAGAAUCAGAAACUAUUUGUGAAUUAAGAAGGCCAAAUAUGACACAAAGAGGAAGUUACAUGAGGCCUAGUCAAGAUAUUGGUAGUAUGGGUGGCUCAGAUACAAGGGGCGAUGGCAUGCUUAACAUUAAAACUCCUGAUUGGAGUGGUCCAGGUCCCGUUGCUGGUCCCGAUAUAAGGGGUCAAACGAGUCAAAAUAUAGGCCUGGGUCUACAUAUGAGAGGUAUAGAUUGUGGUGACCCAGGAACAGUCAUAAGAGAUGAUUGCAGAGGUACAGAUAUGAGAGGAUCAGGUCCACUCAGAGAAGGGCCAUUUAUACAAGAUGAAUGGAGAGUCCCUCCGCCUAACAGUAGAGGUCCACACCUGGAGAACCAGGUACCUAACAGAAGAGGGGUUGGAGACCUAGACUUUAGAGGACCAGCAUCUGAAAUGAGCUGUGGACUGAUAGAGGACAUUAGGCCUGACAGGAAAAGAUUAGUGGGUCCCAAUUUCAUGGCACCAGGGGGUCCAGAAUUUGUGAGACCAGGACUUGAAAUGAAUGAUCAGGAUAGGAUGGGUCAUGGGCCUAACAGGAGAGAACCUGGAGGGCCAGAUGUUAGGGGACCAGGGCCUGUAAGCAGAGGCUUAUCUAUGGAAGGACCUGGGCCUGACAGGAGAGGACCUAGAGGGCCAGAUUUUAGGGGACCAGGACAUGAAAAGAGAGGUCCAGCCAUGGAGGGCCCUGGGUCUGACAGGGGAGUACCUAGAGGUCCAGUUUAUAGGGGAGAAGGGCCAGAAAGCAGAGGCUCAUCAAUAGAGGGUCCUGAGCCUGACCGAAGAGGGCCCGGAGGUCCAGAUUUCCAAGGACCAGGAACUGAAAGAAGAGGUCCAGCUAUGGAAGGCCCCUGGCCUGACAGGAGACGGCCUGGAGGUCCAGAUUUUAAAGGACCAGGACCUGAAAGUAGAGGUCCAGCUAUGGAGGGUCCCUGGCCUGACAGGAGACGGCCUGGAGGUCCAGAUUUCAAGGGACCAGGUUCUGAAAUUAGGGGUCUCGCUAUAGAGGGUCAUGGACCUGAAAGGAGAGGGCCCGAAGGUCCAGAUUUCAAAGGAUCAGCUCCUGAAAGGAGGGGUAAAGCUAUGGAGGGUCCUGGGCCUGAAAAGAGAGGGCCCGAAGGUCCAGAUUACAGGGUGCCAGGGCCUGAGAGGAGUGGUCAAGCUAUGGAGGGUCCUGGGCCUGAAAGGAGAGGGCCAGAAGGUCCAGAUUUCAAAGGACCAGCUCCUGAAAGGAGGGGUCAAGCUAUGGAGGGUCCUGGGCCUGACAGGAGGGGACCUGGAGGUCCAGAUUUCCAAGGACCAGGAACUGAAAGAAGAGGUCCAGCUAUGGAGGGUCCCUGGCCUGACAGGAGACGGCCUGGAGGUCCAGAUUUUAAAGGACCAGGACCUGAAAGUAGAGGUCCAGCUAUGGAUGGUCCCUGGCCUGAAAGGAGAGGGCCAGGAGGGCCAGAUUUCAGGGGACAAGGUUCUGAAAUUAGGGGUCUCGCUAUAGAGGGUCCUGGGCCUGAAAGGAGAGGGCCCGAAGGUCCAGAUUUCAAAGGACCAGCUCCUGAAAGGAGGGGUCAAGCUAUGGAGGGUCCUGGGCCUGACAGGAGGGGACCUGGAGGUCCAGAUUUCCAAGGACCAGGAACUGAAAGAAGAGGUCCAGCUAUGGAUGGCCCCUGGCCUGACAGAAGAGGGCCUGGAGGUCCAGAUUUCAAAGGACCAGGACCUGAAAGUAAAGGUCCAGCUAUGGAUGGUCCCUGGCAUGACAGGAGAGGGCCAGGAGGUCCAGAUUUCAGAGGACCAGGACCUGAAAGUAGAGGUCCAGCUACGGAGGGUCCUGGGCCUGACAGGAGAGAGCCCAGAGGUCCAGAUUACAGGGUGCCAGGGCCUGAGAGGAGUGGUCGAGCUUUUGAUGGUCCUGGGCCUGACUGGAAAGGACCUGGAGGUCCAGAUUUCAGAGGACCAGGAGCUGAAAGGAGAGGUCCAGCUAUGGAGGAUCCUGGGCCCGACAGGAGAGGACCUGGAGGUCCAGAUUUCAUAGAUCUAGGAACUGGAAAAAGAAGUCAAGCUAUGGAUGCUCUUAGACCCGACAGGGGACCUGGAUGUCCAGAUUUCAGGGGGCCAAGGCCUGAAAGCAGAGACUUUUCUAUGGAGGGUAAUGGGUCUGACAGGAGAGGACCUGGAGGUCCAGUUUUCGGAGGUCCAAGGCCUGAGAGAAGAAGUUUAUCUAUGGAGCGUUUUGGGCCUGACAGAAGAGGAACUAGUGGUCAAGAUUUCAGAGAGCCAGAACCUGAAAGAAAAGGUCCAGCUAUGGAGGGUCCUGGGCCUGACAUGAGAGUCUCCGGCGGUCAAGAUUUUAAAGGACCAGGGCCUGAAAUCAGAAGCUUAUCUAUGGAGGGGCCUGGGCGUGACAGGAGAGGACCUCAAGGUCAGAAUUUCCGGGUACCGUGGUCUGAAUGCAGAGACUUCUCUAUGGAGGGUCCUGGGCCUGACAGGAGAGGUACUAGAGGUCCAGGUUUCAGAGAACCAGGACCUGAGAGAAGAAGCCUAUCUAUGGAGGCUCCAGGACCUGGCAGAAGAGGACCAGGAGGUCCAGAUUUCAGUGGACCAGGAUCCAAUAUAAGAGGUCUUGGUAUCACUGGUUUGGGGCCUUACACAGGAGAAUCAGAAGUUCCAGACUUUAGUGGUCCAGGUAUAGAAGGUCCAGGGCCUCGAGUUAGAGGACAGGAAGUAGUACCUGAUGGUCCACAUUUCAGAAGACCUGGGUCUGAAAGGAGAAGUUCAUCUUUGGAGCGACCUGGGCCUGACAUUAGAGGUCCUGGCAGUCCAGAUUUCAGCGAACCAGGACUUUUAACUAGAAAUCAAGCAAUGGAAGGUUCUGGGCCUGACAUGAGAGGACCUGGAGCUCCAAACAACAGGGGACAACAAGGUUUUGGUAUGGAGGGUCCAGAUUUCAACAGGACAAUGUCAGAUGGUCCAGACAUGAGGAAACCAGGGCAUUCAGAUCCAAACAAAGAGAGCCCAAGGCCUGAGAGGAGAGAAGGUCAACAUUUUAGAGGUCGUGGUCCAAAUAGAAGGCUUCCAGAGACGGAGGAAAACUCUGACAGCAGGGACUUUCCAGGUGGCCAACACUUUAGGGCUCCUGAGUUAGAAAGAAGACCUUCAGACAUAGUGGGCCCAGGGUCUGAUAGAAGAAAUCCGCACUCAAGAGGAGUUAGGCCUGAAAGAAAUGUUAUGGAGGUUCAAGGGCUCAAUAGUCCAUGUCCAAGAGGUCUAGAUUUUAAAGGUCCAGACAUUGAGUGCCCAGGGCCUGAAAGACAAGGACCAGGAGACUCAGGCUUCAAAGAGCCUGGACUUGAAAAGAGGAGUACAGAUUUUGAGGGCCAAGGACCAGAUUGGAGAAGACCAGGUAGUCAUGACUUUAGGGACCCAGGAAUCAGGCACAGAAGUCCAAAAAGAGAAGGUAUGAGACAAAGAAGAGAUGGCUGGGGAGAGGCUGACUAUGGAGGAUCAGAACCUAUCCAAGAACCUAUAUCUCGAAACGUAAGGGGUUCAAGGCCUAUCAGGGGAAACAUAAGAGGGCAUGGGCCAGAUAUGAGAAGUUUCAGGGGCUCUGCACCUGAUAUGAGAGGCCCAGACAGAGUGGAACAAUGGUCAGAUAGAAGAGGGCCCAAUAUGGAGGCUGUAGGAAAUGAAAUAGAAUGUUCAGGAGAUGAUUGGAAUAGACAUGACAACAGGGGUCCAGGCCCCAACCAAGGUCCAGUUGAGCAUGCUCAAGCACAUACUAGGCAAGGUCCUCGAAGGGGAUGGAGUGGCCCUGAAAGUAUUGGGCCAAGGCCCAUACAAGAAAGACAAAAUAUGCCAUUUCCCGGGCCUUUGAGAGGUCCAGGAGAUGAUGGUCCUGGUUAUAGGGGUCCAGAUCCUGUCGAGGGUGACCCAGAUAUGAAAUGCCUAGGGCCCAGUAGGGGAGGACGUGGGAGGAGAGAGCCUGAUCGAGGGUUUGGGCCCAACAGAAGGAGGCCUGGGCCAUUUUUCAGUAGGCAAAGAGAUACAGAAAACAGUGGACAAGGCCAUGAUAUAAGAGAUCCAGGCAUGAGAGAACCAGGAUCCGAUAUGAGAUGGGGUCAAGAUAUGGGGGAUGACUGUAGGAAGCCAGACUUCAGGGGUAUUAAGAGAGGGCGAAACAUGGAAGGACCUGAGACUGAUGGGAGAUUUUCAGAUUGUGGGGGACUAGGAUCUGAAAGGCAGGUAGACAUGGAAAAACCUGGAACAGAUAGACAAGGAUUUCAGCAUGAUUUUAGGAGGGAAAUGAGGGGUCCAGACAUGAGAAGAAUAGGACAUGGUAACACCAAUAGGGAGCCAGCACCUGGAAGUUCAGAUGUCAGACCUGGGAGGUGGCCUACAGAAACUGAGGGCCCUGGGUCUGAUAGGAGGGGUCCAGGCAUAAUGGGCCCAGGGUUAGAUUUAAGGGGAUCUAAACCCCCCAUAAACAUAGACAUGCAAGGAUCAGAUAUAAGGGGAACCUCGCCUCAUUUCAAUAGUCUUCAUCCAAGUACUAGAUCUCAAGGCCCUAGUGAUCCACAUUCUGAAUCAAACAUAGGUGCAACUAAAAACAGUGGAGGACAACCACACAGAGUUGCCCUACUUCCUACCCCAACAGGUCUUGUGCGCUUUCCAAAUCGUAUAAUUAACCAUCCUGAUGUUUUUAGCCUAAAUCAAAAACAAAUGGGUAGCCCAACUGAAAGAGAGUGUAGACCAGUAGUUAGACCAUUGACUCAAGAAAAAGAGUUGGUUAAAGGGCCAAGCCAGGAGCAGGAAAAAGGUCCUGCUUGUAAAAUAAGCAAAACUGAAGAUGCAAGCACAGGGGUAAGAGAUGACAAAAUGGAAGUGGGGAAUGAAAAAAAGCAAUGUCCAGCCAAGUUAGACAGGCUAAAAGCAUUGACUCCUCAGGACAGUAAGUAAGAACUAGUCCUGCGGAAAGGCUUAGUAUCAUCUCAUUAAAUCACAAAGAGACUGAGAGCUUAACACAUUUUGAAUGUAUUACUCCUACAGACAAGCAAUGCAAAAAAAUCUGGCAUUGUAGCUUGAUAAUGACAUUCUAAGAGAUAUUUGAGUAAACUAGGUGUUGAUUUGUCUUGUUGGCUGGGAAUUUAUUUGUGUAAUAUGUGCUGAUUAAAUGCUACUUAAAUUUAACCGAUCACUUGUAAAUUCAACUUCAUGCUAAGUCUAGUUGGAAACAGUCAGAAAUGUUUUGUACAGAAAAUGUAAAAAUUUUGUUUUUUUUUGUUUUUUAACAAGCCACGUUUUUAUUUUAUUAUUAUUAUUAUUUUUUCAUCAUGGCCAUAGUGUCAGUACAGUAGCCUUAAUGUUCUGUUGUUUAAAGUAAUCCAUUUCAUUGUACUUUCGAAAUGCAUAAAGUCAAUAAAAUAAAAUGCCUUUUUUAAAUGUG